AUGGAGAUCCUAUUACAGCUUUUAAAACCGUUUUUGUUCAUUUAUCAAUUCCUUGAACGGGUUUUUUGGUCUGGUCUUAAUGAGAAGACUAUAAUAGGUCUCAUUCUCAAUUUUUGGGCCAAUUUUGGUCCUGUAUUCAUCUGGUUACUUAUAUUUAAAAAUGCCGGAUUGAUACCACACUCGAUACGUCCUACAAUACAUGUGGCAUUACCGUAUCAUGUUGACACAUUUAUGUUUUCAUCUUGGCUUGGUGCACUCAUUUGCAUUCCAAGUUUUAUCGCCAUUGGCUGGUUAAUGUAUGUGGGGAUUUACAAACAAAAGGGGAAAGCCAGCAUUGCAUUGUCGCGGUAUCUACCUCUUAAGGGAGAAGUUGAUAAUGAAGAGAUUGCAUCAGAAGAAGGUGGUUCGUCAUUUGAUAUUGAAAUGGAGUCAUUGGAUGGUGGCGAAGGAGGAGAAAGAGGAGGUGUUGGUUGUGAGGAUUUGGAAACAGGCACAGUCACAUCAACUAUCAAACCGCCACCAGAGACAAAUUUCCAAAAUGAUAUGCAUAUCAACAACUUGACAUUUUUCAGACCACUUGAUACCAGUGUUGUAAAUAAUAUGGCAAUGACUGUUAAUGAAAAGAUUGUUGAAAAACAACAACAGUAUGGCAACAAUUGGAAGAUUCCACGGAAUUGCUGGUAUAUAUCGGCACCUGCAUUGCUUGCUACUUGCUGGUUUAUCCUCAAUAUUGAUUACUGGUUUAGAGAACCUAUACGUACUUGGAAAGAUUUACUUGCUUGGGCAUCAUAUGUAUUGGGUCACAUUACGGUGCCAAUUAUAACCGCUGUAUGGUUGUACGUGUUUCAUGCACCAGGCGUAUUAAAAUCGUAUGGAUGGGCACUUGGUUUCCAAAACAUAUGUGGUGUUUUAACUCAUUUGUUAUUUCCAUGUGCACCACCAUGGUUUAUCCACAUGUAUGGUGAAAAUGCUCCAGCUAAUUACGAUUUACCGGGAUAUGCGGCAGGUUUAACGCGAGUUGAUGUUGCAUUGGGUACCCAUUUAAAUAGUAAAGGUUUCCAUGCAUCACCAAUAGUGUUUGGUGCUGUACCCAGUCUACAUUCAGCUAUGGCAGUAAUGACUUUUCUAUUUGUAUCAUACUACGCCAGAUGGACGGUGGUUAAGCUAAUUUCAUUUGCAUUUGUUGUUUUACAAUGGUGGGCAACAAUUUAUUUGGACCAUCAUUGGCGAUUAGACUUGUUUGUGGGGAUGUGUUAUGCAUUAGUUUGGUUUUCCAUAAUGUAUAAAUGGCGGUUGGGAAAAGUUAACGAGGUGUUUUUACAGCUGAGAAUGCUGUACAAUUUUGCUAAGGGAAGUACAAUGGGAAUGAGGGUGUUUCGAAAUACUAAACUACAAUGGUUUUUUGAUCCCCUCAGUUGA